AUUUCUCAAUUCUGUGGAUAUUUGUCAGCAACAAGGUUAUGUCAAGUCGGAAUCUACCUGGCCGGGAGACUUCACUGAUAAGAGGGGACUGAAGUUGAAACUAUUCCAAUGAGCACAAUUCAAAUUACACGGGUUAUUGGAUCGCUUCUGCCAGCGUUUAGGAAUGCGGUGUCUGCGCGGACAACUCCUCCCCUCUCAAGGAAAUGCACUACAACUAGCGACCUAGAUCCAGUUCAGUAUGAGAAAGCUUGUUCCGAAACUCUUGAAUCCCUUUCUGAGUAUUUCGAGGAAAUCGUAGAGCAAGUGGAUCACCUGAAAAUGUCGGACAUUUCAUAUGGGGAUGGCGUUCUCACCGUUAAUUUUGGCCCCACUUACGGUUCAUAUGUUAUCAAUCGACAAACGCCUAACAAACAAAUUUGGCUUAGUUCACCUACAAGUGGGCCUAAACGAUAUGACUUUGUAGGUGACGUUGAAACCGAGAAUGGAAAAUGGAUUUAUCGACACACCGGUGAAACAUUACACGAAUUGUUGCAGAAAGAAAUCAAGGAAAUAGCCAAAACAAAUGUUGACUUUUUCAAAUUACCAUUCAGUAAAGCUUCGUGAAAUAGUGAAAUAAAGUGAAAUUUAGUGAAUUAGUUAAAUAAUGAGUUAAGUUUAUUUUCGCUAGUCGUAAGGUGAUAUCUGGAUAUCCUUGAAUAAAAUUACUGUUAUUUGCAAGUAAA